CCGGAAGUGAAUAGUAUCAAUUCAGCUGUCAGUGAAUGUCGAGGUUCAGCAUCAGUAAAAAAGUAUGCGAUAGAUUAGCAGGAGGCAAGGUUGUUAACAGAUUUUGGUACAUAGGUACAUUUAAUUGGAAAGCGGCCAAGGUGCGCGCGAUUCGAUUUAAUCUUACUGUCACUCAACUUGCUUGGGAUCUGUAAUUCAGCCGUUGUCUUUCCAUGUGCCACAGAAUAGUGAACACUGUCGAAAAAACUGGACUAGCUGGAUUCUGCAAGGAAAUAUAACAAUCUUGUUACACUGUGCAUUCAUUCUUGGUGCUGGAUUAAUUACUAAAGAUGUCUGCAUCUAGAAAACAUGGUCCCCUUCCUCUAACUGAGAUUACAGUCUACUGGCUUGUGUGGAUUUCUUUGUUAUCAUGUGCCUUGUACAGCAUUUACAAAGCUUCUGAAGACUACAAAGAUGAGAUUUAUGCAGAUGACCUACAAGAGGGGUGGAAAUUUAUUGGAAGGAAAAAGGAUGUGACUGAUUUUGAGUGGGAAUUUUGGAUAAGCGCAGUAAAAUCCUUGAUGCCUGCCAUGUUAGUUCACAUGUUUGGUGGACUCUUUUUCUCAAGAUUUAUUCCCCAGCUCAAACCGCUGUAUUGCCUUUCCUUUACCUUAUCAUUUCUACUUUAUAUCGCCGGCCUCAAACCAGUUUUGUUCAUGGUUGGACAUUGCCUGCUUGUUUACACCUCUUGUAUCAUUUUCAAGUCGAUGAUUGCCAUGUGGCUGUGCUCUGUUGGUAUUGUGCUCUCUCUACAGAUACACUCACUCAGAAUGUGGCAGAUUAAUCCUUUGAGUCCUGUCGGAGAGAUCAAGAAUUUUACAUUGUUUGUAUGCAUGAUGGGAAACCUCCGAUGCAUAAGCUUUGGAAUGGAAUACUGCUGGCGAUCACGUGAGAUGGAAAAAGACAAACCCCUAAAGCAGUACUCGCUUCUAGACCUACUGGUGUAUAACUUUUAUCUACCGUUAUUUGCCAAUGGUCCUGUUGUCAACUUCGACACUUUUCAGAGGACGUUUUAUCAACCGUACAGGCCGUUUACAAGAGAAGAAGUAAAGUCCCUUCUCAGGGACACAGCACGUACGCUAUGGUGGUACUUUUUCCUAGAGUGCUACUUACACUUUAUUUACUCGACGGCUUUCACUCAAGACCCUCGCUUGUUUAGUGCCUUGAACAAUUGGGCCCUGUGUGGGAUCAUGUACUCUCAGCUACACAUCUUUCUUGUUAAGUACAAGGUGUUCUACCGCUGUACAACCUUACUGGCGGAGGUCGAUAAGAUCGAAGUUCCUUUACUUCCGAGAUGUGUCACCACACUUUACCUCUUUACUGACAUGUGGAAAUACUUUGACAGGGGUCUUAACGCCUGGAUGAUAAGAUACAUUUAUAUUCCUCUGGGAGGAUCCCGUUCAGGCGUUUUCCGUCAAAUUGUAGCUUCGUUUUUCGCUUUUGCCUUUAUAUGGUUGUGGCAUGGCGCGCAUGUGCACGCAAUAUGGUGGUUCAUCCCUAACUGGAUUGGAGUUGUUGUAGAAUCUAUGGCGGGCAUCGUGUUGAAGCUUCCUUCAGUCACUCAAUUGGAGGACAGGCUCUCUCCCGCAGCAUCGCGCCGAAUUCGCGCCAUGUUUGGUGUUGUGACAGUGUCCUGCUUGAUUCUAAGUAACCUGGUGUUUUUGAGUGGAUCCGAACCCAUUUGGUUUUACAUCAAGAGAAUGUUUUAUUUCGGUUGGCCCUCGUCAACUCUUUUGAUUCUUUUCACCAUGUACCUCGUUGUACAAACAAAUAUGGAACUCAACCGACAUAUAUCCAAAUGGUGAUGAAACUAAUUUUUCAAACAUUGUGUAGCUCGUUAUGAUUAAUUGAUGACGGAAAGUUAACUUCCAGUAUGUGAUAGUUUCAUACUUCAGUAGUAUUAAACAGUGACAGACGUUUUUGCCAAAUUGAUUCUGUAAAAGCUAUGAAAUAGGAAUUAAUAAAGUAUUGUAUACUUCUGUCCA